AUGCUGCAUGAGUUUCAAAUUCUUGGAAAAAACAUGACAAUAUUCUUAGCCGUUCUUGCUGAUGUUCAAUUUUUGGAGGAAAUUACUUUAGAGAGAAUAUUCGCCACUUAUUUCAUUGCUGACUAUGAGCAGCGAAAGCGUCCACAAAUUUCUUUUCUAAUCUUACUCAUUGUCAUCAUUUUAAACAUCAGUGCUGCAAUUUUCACGUUAUUUGCUUUUGCUUUUGACAUUGUGACAACAAUUUGCAUCGCCUCACCUGCUUAUAUUGUCAUGGCUUUGGUAACAAUAUAUGGCUACAAGAAAUUGCAUGAUUACAAUGAGAAAUUGCGCACACAUUUGUCGAAAGAUCACUGCGGAAUCGAGUACAAUUUGUCGCUUCGUUUUCAAGUUGACGAGAAUUUGAGGGCACUCAAGCUCCUGCACACUCUCCUCAUCACUCUCUCAUUUCUCAAUUGUCUCGGUGCGAUUUUUGGUGUGAUCACUUUUGCAAUCUUUGACCAAACAUCAAUCCCCGCACAGAUUUUGGGAUCUCUCUUCGAGCUAUGGAUUGUCUUAUAUACACUUUUCUUUCUUUUCACUGUUUUAUAUUCUGUUGAUGAAUGGCGUCAUCAUUAUGUCGAUAUUUGGAGAAAUAUUUUCGGUCUUCAGCCAAUCGAGAUUCGUCCUGAGAAACGAUCGAGAGACUCUGAAACAACUUUAUACUUUGAUUAUUAUAAACAAAAUUGG